AUGACCAGAAACAGGGUCUUCCCCCGAAUACAAAAUAUUACUAGGACGACGGUUCGUCCACACGCGCAUGCAGACCGACGCAAAGCGCAUCACACCUUUCCGAUAAUGGGGAACCAUGGGACGGUUGGGGGAAAAAUUGAGAGUACUACUGGCUUGGAAAAAGGUGAUAUUGGAUCAGAAGUUGUUGGCAAUUUGAGCUGCAUCGCCUAUGCUGUUGGCUGCUUGAGAUUCGCAAGAUCCGUGCACGAUCCCGAGCGAAUCGAUAACACUGUUAUCCCUGCACCGACAUGGUAUCUGGGACACGUGGAUUGUUUUGCGAUAGGUGAUUUGAAGUAUUCUGCGUUUACUUUAUCACCAGCGUGCCCAAGGACCUCCGUAGACAGAGGAUCAAAUUCUAUUAAUAGUGAAGCUGCGCAUGCGGGCGAAAGUGCCUUGGGUGCUGUGGAGCGUCUGGCAAACGUCAUUUUCAUUUUCGAGUUUACGUUGUUGCAGAGGGCGACAGUUCGCGUCUGGGCCGCGGUCUCUGGAGAGAUGCUCUCGGAUAAGAGCAUGAAACUCCGCUGGCUGGUUCCAUCUCUUAAGAUGAGUUGGCAUCCAUAUGUUGUAGACACUCCUCAUGAAUUUGGAUGCCGCCUGUUUCUCCUUGCCAUCUUGUUCCGUGAAAUCAAAUUUGCGAAUCGGGUGGCGGUAGAAAGCAGUUCUGUCUGCUCCAAGAACAGCAUAAUGGCCAUAUACCCUCACUGCUGUGUGGCCAUGCGAGAUUGA